AUGGAUAACGUAGCAGGGAACUACCGGGAAGCCGAGACGUAUGAGUUCCUCACAGAGCUCAAGCCCGGCGUCUGGAAAAUCUGUUCCAGGAGGGACAGAACAGAAUACCUUGCCCAUGACGUUACCGACAUGCUCUAUACCCAGGGAGCCGAGACGGCCCUGCAGCAGCUAUUGAAUAAGGAACCGAACGCCGCGCUGACGCUCCAGCUCGGCGACAUCCUCAACCACGAGAACCUAGUCUCGUUGAUAGACUGGCUACGGAUCGAUAAGACUCCUUUCGGGGGCCGGUUCAGGGAACGCCAGUACACCGUCUGGGACUAUUGCGACGCCGGAAACCUGGGCAACCUCUUCGUGCUCCAAAGCCCGUCCCGCGGACCUCGCAGAUUUUACCCGGAAGACGAAGACGCCAAAAAGGAACCCGAUCUGGGAGGCGACGGGAUCGACUGGCGAGACGACCCGGACGACCCGGACGACGACGACGCCCUGGAGGUCGCGCCCGUGGACAAGGUCGUAUUCUUGCCCGAGUCCUUGUGCUGGCACGUGUUGAUAUCGAUCCUCAAGGCGCUGGCGUGGCUGCACGACGGCAGCCGAAGCUUCAGGCGCACCGAAGAUGGCAAGGGAUGGGAUAUGCACCCGAAGGACCCGGACUGGCUGACCAUGCUGCACCGCGACAUCCACCCCAACAACAUCUUCUUCAGCCAUCCGAAGCGCAACGAGUGGUACGGAACCUGCAGGCUGGGCAACUACGGCAGCCUGUCCAUCUCCAACCACAACCACGGGAAAAAGGGGGAGGUCCGCCCAGAAAUCAUCCUUAGCAAACCCCUGGCUCCCGCCCGGGGGAAGAAUUUCCAGACUAUCGAGGACCUCAUCCGGUCGGACUACAAAUACAGCUACACGUACCCGCAGCAGGCGGACCAACCGUACACGGUCGUCAGCGAGUGGCGGGCGUUCGGGGAGAUCAUGCAGGCGAUGAUGAUACGGCCGGCGACGAACCGGCACCUGGAGUCGAUCCCGACGCGGACGGUGCGGGAGAACCUCGAGCGCGCCGACUACUCGGACCUGCUGAAGAACCUGGUGGUGAAGCUGAUGACGCUGAACCCGGACGAGCGGCUGCCGGACGGCGACUUCCGCACGCCGGACCGCGAGUACAUGACGUCGCGGCUGUGCGCCGAGGCCUGGGCCGGCUUCCUCGAGUGGCGGCGGUCGGACCGCCCCGAGGCCCGCGGCAUGGUCUUCGUCUGGGACGCGGUCGCCGACCAGGCCCGCGAGGACGUCCUCCGGCUCCAGUGGGGCGAGGUCGCCACCGAGGCCGCCCGCCGCAUCCCGAGGCGCCAGGACAAGCUGUUCGGGGACAACUACGUAGACGCGUUCGGGCCGUUCGGAGAGCAGUCGCCGGCCCCCGCGUCCUAG